CGCAGACUGACGUCGGUGACCAACCAAACAGGAAAAGUGUGAGUUGAAAGACAGUCACAGCGAAGGCACCAGCUGUCAAGGCAGGAAUAAUCCGCUGAGCCGCUGCUGCCAUCAUGUUGUCGGAGGGAGGCUCUUUCAUGAAGGGGAUGGUGUUGGGUGGCCUCUUCUGCUUGGUGCUGUCGCUGCUGGGCAGCUUCAGCCCCGUCACCGAGUCCAGGACGGACAGCAACCACCACCACCAUCACGUCAAGGCUGCAAGCAAAGACGAGCUCCAGCAACUCUCUGACAGCCGGCUUCAGGAGCUGAACGACCAACUCCAGGUCUACUGCGUUGUCAUGGUGCAGCCCAAAAGCCUUGUCUACUGGGCCACGGCGAUGGACACCUGGACCAAGCACUGCGACAAGGCCGAGUUUUACACCUCAGAGGCCUCCAAGGCACUGGAGGCCAUAGACCUGAACGAGAAGGACGACUGGGCCAGGUUGCGUAAAGCUCUGAAGCACGCGCCGGCUCAGCCCAACACCUUCGCCAUCAUCGAGAACCUCAAGUACCUGGUGCUCACCAAAGACCCGCAGCAGCCGUUCUACCUGGGGAAGGCGGUGAAGUCCGGGGAGCUGGAGUAUGUCGAGUUGAACAGCGGCAUCGUCCUCAGCUACGAGGCCCUCAAGAGGCUGGCGAACAUCUUCCAGGACGAGGACAAGUGUCCAGAGAGAGGACGGCAGCUGUGGAAGCUCAGCGACGACAAGCAGCUUGCCGUGUGCCUAAAGUACACUGGAGUAUUUGCAGAGAACGGAGAGGACGUCCAUGGGAAGGGCCUGUUCAACAGUAAGACGGUGGACAGCUUGAUAUCGGAAAGCAUGAAGCAGAACCCCAACAACGUGGUGGAGGGCUGCUGCUCCGACCUGGCCGUCACCUUCAGCGGCCUGUCCGCCAACCAGAUGCAGGUCAUGAUGUUCGGAGUUUACAGACUCCGUCCAUACGGACACGACUUCCACGACCUAUUGACAUUUUUUCCUCCCAAAGGCUCAGAUAAUGACUAGCCUCGCUCUCGUUUUUGAAGAUAUUGCUUCUGUGAUGGCAAACCUGACUCUAGAUAUUUGUUUAAGAGACUCGAUCCUGGGGGGAAUUCUGUAUAUUUCUAACUUUUUGCACUUGACUCGGGCGGUGCCGGAUGUCUGUGGAUCUGAGACUGGAUCAUCUCGAUUUGGAUUAUGGUCCCUGAAGUUUUGUUCUCAAUCCUUAAGCAUUUUUUUUGUUGUAGAAAAAUAAUCUAUAUCUGUGGAGUUCUACCCAAUGAUGAUCAGAUUUAUUGUUGCACCCUUAAAGCUACAGUAUGUAACUUUUAUACUUUCACAUAUUUGUUGAAUGUAAAAAAAAAAAAAAAAACAAGAAGGCGGGUCUUAGCUCUGUCAAUCAACCACAUGUACGCGGCAAAAUGUUGUAAGGAAAAACAAAUCAUCCUUACAGGGAAACCAUUUAUCUGCUAUAAUCUGUGGCUAUGCUAACUGGCAUUAGAACUAAUGACAAGCUGUAUUGUGGUGAACCUAACGGGUUGAGCAUAAGGAUGAUUGACAGCGCUAAGACCCUCCUGGUUCUGAUGGUUGUUUUUGACUGGAAACAGUUCAGUUUUGCAUCUGUCUAAUGAACUGGUGACAACUUUAAUACAAAGAAACAUUUUAGUGAAGUUACAUACUGCAGCUUUAGUCAUGACACAGUUCAGCUGUAAUCAAGCUGCUUAAAUGAUUUGCUUAGUUUUCUGUUUACAAAGAAUUGGGUUUUAAAUAUUUUAGGGUUUUUGUUCUUGAUUUAUUUUACAUUCACCUAAUUUUUGUUUGAAUAAAAGUGAUAGAAAUCAAUCCUUUAAGGAACUUUUAA